AUGACUGGCAAACCAUUCAAGGCCCCCUCAUUCAUACGCCGUUUCGAUUCUCCCUCUGACCUUACGCGUCAUGAGCCUCCUAAAAAGAAGAGGCGCGUCUUACAAGAAGAUUCAAUAGAUUUAGCUCCGCAAUCCCUGCCAGCUCCUCGACCAACAAAUCCUACUGCGUCUGAAAGCUCCCAGUCCCCAAUUGUAGGUGGCUUUGAAGGCUACUACAAUGUUCUCUGGCGGAAGAUUACAGCAAAGAAGCACAAGACAUGGGAUGGCGACGGGAUCCUGGUGGUAUGCGGUGGUUUUGCACGCCUUCAAGACAUUUCAGGGAAAGAGCUUGGAAAGACAUCGUGCACCAAACCCCUUCUUCUGGGUUCGACCCUGUCUGUAGGUGGCAAAGAUGUUGAGAUAGACUCAAUUAUCACCAAGGCGGACUUCCUGGCAGGAAGACCCUUUCUUCAGAGCUCCGCGAAAUCCGUGCCUACGGCGGCCACGAAGCCAUACAUGCCGCCGGAGAAGAAGCUCAGUGUCAAAUCGCAGACGAGGCAAGAGAAGAUCGAAGCCAAACAGGUGGACAACGUCAAUUCAGCAGCACCUACAAGCAAGGCGACAAGGACGCAGUUUAAGAAUCCCCUACUGGACAAAACUUCUAUGCCGCAGUUAUCAAGCAUUUCUGUCCCGGUCCCUCGUCAUGAUCCAAAGCAGCCGGGCGCUCUGGUUAUGAAGAGGCCAUCGAUCAUACCCAAAGGCAAGCAGAUUGUAGACGUCGUGGUAGAUCCGUUAUUAUGCAGAAACCUUCGCGAUCAUCAGAGGCAAGGUGUUUCUUUCCUAUACGAGUGUGUGAUGGGCAUGCGCUCUCAUGGAGGAGAGGGUGCUGUUUUAGCCGAUGAGAUGGGGCUGGGGAAGACGUUGCAGACUAUUGCGUUGCUAUGGACACUUUUGAAGCAAAAUCCAGUGUAUGAUGACCAACCAGUCAUCAGAAAGGCUUUGAUUGUCUGUCCUGUCACCCUCAUCACUAACUGGCGCAAAGAAUUCCGAAAAUGGCUUGGUCUUGAACGGAUAGGAGUCUUCGUAGCUGAAGGCAAGUUUCGCGUCACCGAUUUCACCAAAAGCAGAGCAUACCAGGUCAUGGUCAUCGGGUACGAAAAGCUCAGAUCCGUCAUCGACGAACUGAAGAAGGGUUCUAUCGACAUUGUCAUUGCUGAUGAAGGGCACCGGCUGAAGACUGCUAAGAACAAGUCUGCGGAAGCGAUCAAGAUGCUCAACACCGAAAGACGUGUAAUCCUAUCCGGUACACCCGUGCAGAAUGACUUGACUGAGUUCUUUGUAAUGGUGGACCUUGUAAAUCCAGGUCUGCUCGGUAAGUAUUCCACAUUCAAGAAGGAAUUUGAGAACCCAAUCGUGAAGAGCAGGCAACCAGAGGCGACAGACAAGGAUCUCGAGAAGGGGGAGGGUAGGAGUAAAGAGCUUAUGGACCUGACAGGGCAGUUCAUAUUGCGUAGGACAGCUGAUAUCUUGUCCAAAUAUCUCCCACCGAAGACGGAAUACGUACUUUUCUGUCGGCCGACUGCAGCACAAGCUGCCGUCUAUCGCAGCAUCGUGUCUUCACCUGUCUUUGGCGCUGCUCUGGGUAGCAAUGAGUUGGCACUUCAGCUCAUCAAUAUUCUCAAGAAAGUUUGCAAUAGCCCAUCUCUACUCCAGAGUAAGAACGAUGACGAUACCAAACCAAGCGAGAUGAUAGCUUCGCUUCUAACAACGAUCCCCUCACAAAAUCUUGGUCCAUCCGUUAGCGCGAAGAUUAGGGUCCUUGACUCUUUUCUGCAUCGUUUGAGGACGACAACGAAUGAGAAGGUCAUCCUUGUCUCAAACUAUACUUCGACACUCGAUAUACUUGGCCGACUGCUUACAUCAAAUGAGUAUCCUUUCACUCGUCUGGACGGUUCGACACCAACCGGGAAACGGCAGGGUAUCGUUGAUCAAUUCAAUAAUUCACCAGCUAAUGUUUGUUUCGCGUUCCUAUUGUCUGCUAAAUCUGGUGGUGCGGGUCUGAAUCUCAUAGGUGCCAGCCGGUUGGUGCUAUAUGAUGUAGACUGGAAUCCUGCCACAGACUUGCAGGCCAUGGCACGUAUUCAUAGAGAUGGCCAGAAGAGACCAUGUAGGAUCUAUAGAUUGCUUGUCAAGGGGGCCCUCGACGAGAAGAUCUACCAGCGCCAACUCAUGAAACAAGGUUUGGCUGAUGCUAUCGUCGACAACAAGUCCAGCAUGGCUACUUUCUCGAAAGAGGAGUUACGGAAAUUAUUCACUCUUGACGAGCGGGAAGAAUGCCAGACGCACACACUUCUCAACUGCGAAUGUGGUGGCCGCGGCAAUCUUGACGCUCUAACCAGCGACGACGACUCGUUGAGUAGCAUCCUUGAAGAGGAUGGGGUCGACAAUAAACUUGUGAUCAACGAUGGUGACGCAGAUGACAAUCAAUCAGACAGCAGCCUCCCAGACGUUCCUGCUCUCCUGAUGAAGGCAUCUCAAGUCAACAUAGAAGAACAAGAGCGACGCAUCAAAGAAGAAGCCUGCGCACGAAUGGCCAAGCGCGAAAAGCCAGGUACAAACGUUCGCGCACUGAUGAAGUACCUGCAUAUAGAGGUGAAGCAUCUCCUCAAAACCCUUGAGGACGAAGAUAACCCCGAGAAGACGGAUUGCGAAGAGGAGGCGGAGGUCAAGGAAGAGCUGAUUAAUGACAAGGUGCUGAUGGAUAUGCUGAAGGAGCCUGACUCCAGAGUUGAUUUCUUGUUUGCGAAAACCUCAGGAUAGAUCAUGGGUGGUAUUAGUAAGCUUGUGCAUGGAUUUGAAAGGAGUCAACGAGCGAUCAUGUGGUUAUGACGAGCAUAUAGCGCUGCAUAUUAUACUAGCAUACAUACGU